GAUUUCCGGAAACGAACUUGAUUUUUAUUUUAGGUUAUAAUUGCCACCAAUAAAAUCAACUAGUAUAAGGCAUAGCCCUACCGUGUCAACAUAACACUACCCACCUAAUAUAAUAUGGACAAACCUAGUGCUGGUAAGGCGAAAAUGGGCUCAAUAUAUGAAGAUGAAGAUCAGAUAUCAGCUGUGCUACAUGCCCUGAGUGAUUAUUUUGAAGUGAAGCAGAAACUAAACACAAUCAAAGAGUUCACAUUCAGUCAUCCGGUAGUUACAGUAUUUAGUGUAGUUUUGUUAACAUUAUGCAGUAUACCAAUAAUAUGUUUUGUGACAUUUGUUUGUGGAAGUAUGUUUUUGGGUGUGACUGGUUUUGUUCUGAUAGAAGGAACUAUGUUAACUUUAGCCACCCUGUUUUUAGGUGGUGCCUUACUUCUUGUUGGACUUUGUGCAGUUGGUUUUAGCUCUGUUCUUGUGGCUGGAUUCUUUCUUUAUGAAUUGAGUAUCCAGUUGAUGAAUGACUUAUCAAAACGCUUGAAAGCUAAAGAAAAAUUACAAAGAAAAGAAUGAUCAACCAAGAAAAUUUUGAGAAACAUAAAUGUUGCUGUGUGGUUCAGAUAUUUCAUUCGAGGUAAAUUGUGCUGAAGAGGUGAACGGGAAGAGUAUUUUAUUCCAAGAAGUCUUUGGAAUUUGUUGUUUUUAUGUACUUUAUGAUAUGGUGCUUUAUUCAUAGGUUAAGAUGUAUGCCUGGAAGUAACAGUAGUGGCCAAGAUCUUUAAAGGUAUACUACCUCUUAAAUUGAUAUUAAAAUUUUAAUUCUC